CUACAUAUCAUUUUCCUACCUACGUAUAUACAUAAAAGCUUGAACGAGCUUCGACACCCUAUACACACAGUCUACUGCUCAUCUUAUCGAAACUCAACCGAUACUACCUCUCCCUAACGAACCCCUACCAUUGCCUUGACUUGCUUUCGCUCAAGUCAUCAACCAAUCUUCAACUACACCCCAGAUCAUCAAGAAUCACAACCCGCUUGCAAUCAUGGGUCUAGAGGACUUUGUCGAGGAAUUUGUCGACGCUGUUGACGGGCAGGAUGCCGCCGAGCAAGCAACAGCCGAUAAGACGGGUGAUGACGCCAUGAAGGAUGCCGUUGUUGACAGCAUCGUCGAUGAAGUAGCAGAGAAGGAAGAUAUCCCGGCGGCUCUCCUUCCUGAGAUCAAUAAUGCUGCUAAUAAUGAGUUCAACAAGCUCUGAGAUUAAUCAGUUUGGGGGUGCUAGGCGACAUGGUGAGAGGCAGUGCGUGCGAGAGGAGUGUUUUGCGGUCAGACUGGAGAGCGGGCUUGGAACAUGGACAUUGGAGUUUAAAAGGGACAGAAUCGUAAUGUUGACCUUGCGGGAAUCGUUCUGGAGAUGGGGGAGUGGUUUUGGUGGCGCUGGGACUUCCUGCGCUCGGUGACCUGGCUCUGUCUAUAUAACAAUAGUCGGACGAUUAUCUCGUCUGCUUCUUUCGAAAACUCACGAAUAACGCCAUCUCACCAAUGGAGAUCCCUAUCAUGUACACAAAGUUCGGCUU